AUGCCGACCCUGGUAAAUUAUAAUCAAUCGACCUUCAAGAAUCAUGCAAAGCCCAACAAGCGCCGCCUACAAGAACUCCAACACUCCGAAGCUCGAGCUCACGCCGCCCGGGUAGCAUAUUGGCGUAAAAAGGGCGCUCCGGCGGCCAAGCCGGGGCAGCCGCAACGGGAAGGGGGCGACAAGAGCAGUGAGGGCGGUUCCUUAUCUCAGGAGCCACCCGACGCUGGAACCAUUAUCAAGCAGGAGUCAGAGAAAAUUUAUGAGGUCCUCCAAUGGAACUGUGACCCAUCUCCAGAGUCAGUCUUUGCUGGCUUACCGGCUUCGGGGGCAGAUAUCGACCGAAAGUCAGACCAGAAACACACACCAGGAAGCCGAUCCAGUUCAGUGGCAACACAAAUUGUUACAGAUUCUAUACCAAGCAGUGAGAAAUGUCGGCAUCAUUCGGAAAUGGCCUCCUUUUAUGAUAGCAAACAGGAAUUGUUUUGGGAGAUGCCGGUCGAUUCAAUCAGAAUUGUUCGACAGCCGACGUCCGGAUUAUUUGAUCCUUUUGACUCUGUACCAGUUCGUCAAGGCGACGAAGUUGUCGCGGCUAUGGAUCACUAUAUCCACAACUGGGCCCCGUCGCAACGACCCGGCCUCAGAUAUCAAGCGACGGAUAACCCUCUUAUCCGAGAUACGUUCCCUUUUGCCCUACAGAAUGUAGAGCUAUUCGAAGCAACUGUAGCGCUUUGCCUGAGUUUCAAGGCAGCCGGUCAAAACUUCCAGACAAGGAUGUGCAGCUGGGCCCUUUAUCACAAAGGCCAGGCGCUCAACGGACUACGGACCAAGUUGAACUCCGGAUGGGUUGACGAGGCUGUUAUUCUUGCAACCGUCUUCCUCAUGAUUAUUGACAAUGUGUUCUUAGAUGUCGAUGCCUAUGGAGCGCACCUGAAUGGUCUCAGGAAGAUGGUGAAAGCAGCUGCCCCAAGCACUAUGGAGGCAUUCGGAGGUUCUCUGUUAUCCUUCGUAUCCUGGGCUGAAUCUAAUGCUUUGCUGAUAUUCGGCGAUCGAACCGCUCUACACGACCCUGCAACUGAUAAGACUCAGUUACAGUACCCAAGCCAACCAUUUGCACCGAUAAUCACCAAGACCGUUUCUACAAUGAGCAUGGGGUUCCAAUCGGUGGCGACAGAUGGUCACCUGUCUUAUGAUGUCGUCUCUGUUCUCGCAGAUACUGUUCGUUGGACGAGGCUCAUUGAUCGAGAACAGGGGUCUGAGCCCCUGUCAAAGGAAGACCAAGCAUUCCUGAUGAGCUUAGAUCCACGCCUCCAAAGUGCUCGAGUCAUGAGACUAUGUCGAGUUUCUGCAGCGGGGCACAAUGUGGAACAGGCGAUAUGCAAAGCAGUAUUUGUCUAUCAUGCACAUCUACUGGGUUGGACCUGUCGUUGCUCCGGAUACCGUCGGAUCGUUGAAGAGCUCGGGGACACGUUACGUUUCUGGACCUUCGGGAAGCCAUGGGACACAGAGUUAUGGAAAUGGCUCGCUCUUGUGACGGCGAACGCGGCACGGCGAGGCCAGUUGCACCAUCUGCAGAUGGAACUGAUGGACAGAUUUGUGAACUUGGACUCCCCAGCGCCUGGAUGGGACUCCAUACGUGAGGUUCUGACCAAGUUCUUGUUCCACAGCAGGUUGGGACGCGAGUGGAAGCUUUGUUGGGAGACAGCAAGGGGCUCUUGA